CACACACACACACACACACUGUGCUGGAGCGCACAGAGCACCAGGCAGUGAAGGCGGCACUGAAGCUCGUGGUUAUGAUGAGCUUCGGCGUGGUGGUGAUCUCGGCUGGUUUAUUGGGACUGCUCAGUUUCACUCUGCUCGCUGUGGCUGUGGGCACCGACUACUGGUACAUUAUAGACGUGGAUCAAGUCAUCAACUCCAGCUGGCACUUUGCGAGCUCGCACUCGGGGCUGUGGAGGAUCUACGAAGGAAAGAAUGGCAGUUUUCAUGACAUCUCCUUUUACAUGGAUACUUCUGAGUUCAGUGAGCAGGAAAAACACCUCUUACACCUGCACAGGGUCAUUGUCAUCUUGCUGCCUCUCAGCCUGGUGCUGCUGAUUUUCGGAGGCAUCUUCGGCCUGGUCGGCUCUCUUGCCCGCAGUUAUACAAUCCUCACUGGAGUGGCUGUGUACUUCCUCAUCUGCAGCCUCUUUACACUCUCUGGUGUGUGCAUCUACAUUAGCUACUCUCAGCAGGCUUUGGACGAACUGCGGCGGCUGCUGAGUGCUGAACUUCUCGCCCACAUACACAUGUCCUUCGGCUGGUCCCUGGCCUCGGCUUGUCUGUCUUAUACACUCGAGGUGGCCUGUGGCGUCCUGCUCAUACUCGCAGCUCUUCUUGCUCAUCGUGAGCUACACCAUGAGUCUACCGCUGCUUUCUCCAUGUCCUAGAGACACCACAGAGGAAGCACAUUUUAUUAUUUAUCACUGUUUGCAGCAGGCUUUCUUACAAGAACUUGACUUCAAAGAAGGAUGUGGAGGUAAACAAAAGGAUCACAUAUUACUUUAUUGGAAUUGAUUUGAAAUUUAAUGAGUGUUCAUCAGUGUUCAUUUUUCAAACUAUUUAGGAGUGAAUUUGUUAGUUAUAAAAAUGCACAUUUUAUUAAUGCUGAAGCUGCUGGAUGUUGGAGAUUUGGGGAUGAAUGGUAGAAAACUUCUAGUGCAAGCUGUAUGCAAAAAGAGCAUCUUGUAAUGUGGAUUAUGCUGUGUCCUUCUGCACUGCAUGCAUUAAUCUCAAAGCUGUGAAUGCCAAGUCAAUACACAUUCAGAAAGACUGUGUCUGCAUGUGUGACUGCAAUUUACACACUAAAUAACAUACAUACUGUAGAUAGUAAUGACACAAUUGGUGUACUCACAUUCUAUGUCGUAGUGUUGAAUUAUGUUUGGGUCAUGGCCCAAGUUUCCAUUAAUCUGAGGUUAUUAUCUUCUACUGUUAUCAUCCAUCUCCUCAGUAUUAUUGAAGUGUUAUGAUAAUACCAAAACUUUAUUGUUCUAUCACAGUUACACAGUGAAAGAGCAAAACCUUUUACCUUCAACCAGAGCUUGUCUUUUAGCUAGUGUUAAUCAGCUAGCUCACCCUGUAUGGAGCUUGGAAGCUGACAAAAGUAUCUUAAUGUUGUUGUUCUUUCAGCUGCUCCCAUUAGGGGUCGCCCUUCCUGACGCAACCCACCCCAUUUAUCCAGGCUUGGGACCAGCACUUAGAGAGAGCACUAGUCUGUGCACCCCAAGUGGCUGGGGUUGACGCCCAAUGCGGAGCUCAAACGCACAAUCCUGAGAUCAAGAGUCUCAUGUUCUACCAACUGAGCUAGCCGGGUGCCACAAAAGUAUUUUAAUGUGAAUUUCAUAUAUUUGUAUCAGUAUCAGAAUACUACAUACAAAUCUCAAAGAAUUUAAAUAUCAAAAAUACAGGAUACAGCAUUCAGGAUUCUCAAGGAAAAGAAGACGCUUUCAGAGUGGUGAAACUCAGCAUUUGCCAAAUCCUAGUCAUAUGCCACACUCUUGUCCAUGAAGUGCGUGCUAACAAUUGGCAGCAAACUAAAGUUAAUAUAGCCUAGCUUGCUAGAACAUUACCUAAAUAAUUAUGCUGGGCUUAUACUAAGCAUCGAGUGUUUCACUGUAGAACACAAAACCCUUUUUUAUUUGUUUCACCAUUCUGAAAGUGUAUACUUUUCUCAGGGAAGCUCUGGUGCUUCACCUUUGGCCUAAUCUGCAUAAUAUCUGUAUUUCUGAGAUUUGAAAUUUGUAUUUAGUGUUCUUUUUUUAAAUCACAAACCAUAAUUUUAAAUUAUUAUUGAUAUUCGAAUACAUUUGUCAGCUUCUAAGCUUUGGCUCUUCUUCCUUGUUGUAACUGUGGAAUCAGAGCACAGCACAAAGCCAGUGGAACAAGUUAGUUGGCUAAAACAUAAGUUAUUCUUGACGGAGAAAGGGUUGCUCUACUCUAAUAUCUCAGCAUGCUGUUCUCUCAGGGUCACGGUGUGUGUUUAUUUGCUCUCAGGGAGAGCAUUGUGAAGAGGAAAACGCCUGCACUCUUCUAGUGUUUGUGUUCUUAUCAUUCAUUCUGUGUUCGCUAUGUAUGUUUUUAUCUGAUCAGUGUUUUUUUGUUGUCCUAUCCUGUCUGUGUUGUCCAGCCUGGCUUUUAGCUAACUGCUAGCUCACUAUGGGCUCUGUGUAAAGCUGGACCUAUUGGAAAUGGUGUAAGAUGUAUGUGUCUGAAAACUCCUGCCAAAUCCUACAGCUCUGACUGUAAAUUACUAUGAAUUGCUGUGAAUUACAGGCUUGCCAGGGCAACUCACAGCAGCUCAGGAACAACAUGUUUUGAGCUAUAUAUUUUCUUUUUUCACUGAUUUAUUGAUUUUGUUUUUAAUUUCACUAAAAAAAGCAUAUGCAAGUCACCUCAAUCCAGUUUGAAAAUUAAUUUUCCUUAUUUGAUGGAACACAGAAGUAGCUCUACCUUAUCAAAGAAAUGUGAUUUUUAUGAGUGUAAAUACCUUGUGUUAAAUAACAAUCACAUGUUGAUCA